AUGGCGAAGCAGGGCUCCCUGGGGUUAACCGAGGCCGAAAUCCUCAAAGAAAAGGGCCAAGAGCAUGUCGAAGAAGUCGUCCUCGCGCGGUUAACCGAGGAUGAUCUAUGGAAGUUGUCCGAAGAGUCCCUGACCAUCUGGUCCUGGACUGGGUUCCGGCUGGGGCUUAUUAUGUUUGUGCAUGGCUGCAACCAAGCUGGGUUUGGAAUCGACUGGGGCGUAAUCAGCGGCAUCAAUGCUUUACCGGAAUGGCACACCUACUUUGGAUUCGACACCAGCGGCAGCACGUACGGCCUCAUCAAUGCCUUGAUGAGUAUUGGUACCGUCUGUGGAGCACCAUUCAUGGGCUUUGCAGAUGUCAUUGGGCGACGUGGAAUCAACUUCACGGGAAACGCUAUUGUCAUCUUCGCUGCGAUUCUUCAAGGAUGUGCUCCCAACCUGCCGGCCUUUAUGGCGGGUCGUUUUUUCAUGGGAUUCGGAACGUCGCUCAUGUCUAGUUCGCAGUACAUCGGCGAGAUCUCUCCCAUCCAUCUGCGUGGUCGAAUGGUGGGUUUCUUUGGUGCAUGUUUCCAAGUAGGCAGCUUAGGAUGCCUCGGAGCCAUGAUUGGACUGGCCAACUUGUCAGGGAAUAAUUGUUGGCGUGUUCCACUCAUCCUCGAGGCCCUUUUUCCGACCAUCGUUUGCUCGACCAUCUUUUUCCUCACUCCCGAAUCACCCCGUUAUCUUGUCAUGAGAGGCAAUCGUCAAAAGGCCAAAGAAAUCGUGGCCAAGUAUCACACCACCAGCACAGACAUCAAUGAGCCGGUGGUGGAAAUUGUCGUCUCUCAAAUGGAAGAAUCUUUGGAAAAUGAUCGCACUGGUUUCAGAGAUUUUUGGGAUUAUCGCGUCUUCUUUACAAAGUUGGCUCGCUAUCGUCUUUUGGUGUUGGCCCUGUACUCGCUGUUCCAGCAGUGGUCGGGCGGCUCCAUCAUUACCUACUACAUGGUCGAUGCGCUUAAGACAGUAGGAAUCACGGGCACCAAGCAACAACUCGGGAUCACCAUCGGCACCACAGCAGUCUAUUUCGUUUUUACCGCGGUCGGCUCCCUUUUGGUCGACAAAAUAAGGAGGCGUACACUCAUCUUUGCAGGCUUGAUCAGCAUGAUCGUCUUUCAGACUGCAACAACGAUCACUUCGUGGCAAUAUAGCCUCCACGCUACCAAUGCCGCUGCCGCACUCACACUUCUCUGGAUCUUUCUCUUCCAGACUUUCAGCGCCACGUUCGUGGCGACGAUGCACAAUCUGUAUCCGGUCGAGAUCCUCUCACUGAGCCUUCGAGCCAGAGGUAUGGGUCUCUACAGUCUUAUCCAAGGUGCAGCCAGCGCAGUGCAGACAUACGGAAUCAGCGUCGGCAUUGCCAAGGUGGGAUACAAGAUAUGGGGGGUGUUCAUCGUCUACAACACCGUACAGCUCAUUCUGUCGUAUUUCAUUUUCCCAGAGACAGGCGGCUUGAGCUUGGAGGAGAUUGAUACGGUGUUUGAAACCCCUGGAGUUGCACCAGUCAAAAUGUCCCUGGACAUUCAACGCGCAAAAAAGGAAAGACUCAGGUCAACAAGAAGUGAGGCAUGUUGA